AAGACGCAGAUAAAAAUGCCUUUUGGUGGGUUAGCAGGUUUGAAGGAACAGGUGCUCAAGCCUGGGAAGGAGGAUGCGAAGAACACAGUGGGAGACUCUCUAGGAAAACUGCAAAGGAAAAUAGAUGGUAGUAAUAUAGAAGAAGAGGACCACAUUGAACUGACAGAGGAUGGGCGUCCGGUGGCAUCAGCACCACGUUCUGCCCCUUUGCUGGACUGCAGCUGCGGCGGGCUGCCCAAGCGCUACAUCAUCGCCAUCCUCAGCGGCCUGGGCUUCUGCAUCUCCUUUGGCAUCCGUUGCAACCUCGGUGUGGCCAUUGUGGAGAUGGUGAACAACAACACCGUCUAUAUCAACGGGACUCCUGUGCUUCAGAUAGCUCAGUUUAACUGGGACCCAGAGACAGUGGGGCUGAUCCAUGGCUCCUUCUUCUGGGGCUACAUUGUCACUCAAAUCCCUGGUGGUUUCAUCUCCAACAAGCUGUUUGCCAACAGGGUGUUUGGGGCUGCCAUUUUCCUGACGUCAGUGCUCAACAUGUUCAUCCCAUCAGCAGCGAGGGUGCACUACGGUUGUGUCAUGUUUGUUCGCAUCCUGCAGGGCUUAGUGGAGGGUGUCACCUACCCAGCAUGUCAUGGGAUGUGGUCCAAAUGGGCGCCACCUCUUGAACGGAGUCGUCUGGCCACAACUUCAUUCUGUGGAUCCUACGCAGGAGCAGUGAUCGCCAUGCCUUUAGCUGGAGUGCUUGUUCAGUACGUCGGGUGGUCUUCGGUCUUCUAUGUCUACGGUGUUUUUGGGAUCAUAUGGUAUAUCUUUUGGCUCCUGCUGGCAUAUGGAAGUCCUGCUGAACAUCCCACAAUCACAAACGAGGAGAGGACGUACAUCGAGACCACCAUCGGUGAAACAAUGCGUCAACUGAGUGUGACCGAGAAAUUCAAGACUCCGUGGCGUCGUUUCUUUACCUCCAUGCCCGUCUAUGCCAUCAUCGUGGCCAACUUCUGCCGCAGCUGGACCUUUUACCUACUCCUCAUCAGCCAGCCGGCAUAUUUUGAGGAAGUCUUUGGUUUCCCCAUCAGCAAGGCGGGGUUCGUGUCCGCUGUCCCGCACAUGGUGAUGACUAUUGUAGUUCCUAUUGGAGGACAGCUGGCUGACUUCUUACGAAUUAACAAGAUCAUGUCUACUACAAAUGUGAGGAAACUCAUGAACUGUGGAGGAUUCGGUAUGGAGGCCACUCUGCUGUUAGUGGUGGGGUUUUCUCACACACGCGGGGUCGCCAUCUCCUUCCUAGUUCUAGCUGUAGGGUUCAGUGGCUUCGCCAUCUCAGGUUUUAAUGUCAACCAUUUGGAUAUUGCUCCACGCUAUGCCAGCAUCCUGAUGGGCAUUUCCAACGGGGUGGGAACGCUGUCUGGAAUGGUGUGUCCUCUGAUUGUUGGAGCCCUGACGAAACACAAGACUCGUCUGGAGUGGCAGAAUAUCUUUGUUAUUGCGUCCAUGGUGCAUUACUCAGGGGUCAUUUUCUACGCUAUCUUUGCUUCGGGAGAGCAGCAGGACUGGGCCAACCCCGAGAGCACCAGCGAGGAUAAAUGUGGCAUUAUUGAUGAGGACGAGCUGGCUGAAGAAUCGGAGCUCAACAUGGAGGACGUGAUGGCUGUCAAAAAGAGUUACGGAACCACAGACAAUUCAUCUGGUGGAAAACAGGGCUGGAAAAAGAAGAGAGGGGUGACCAUGCAAGAGGAGGAGGAACAUUAUGGGAAUGGCGACUUCCAAGACCGGUACCAGUGAGACGCCCUGUGGGGCGAAGGACUUCCAAAACACUUGAGUCUGGUCGAGGCGGAAAGUUUGAUUUUACAUUGGAGAAGUGACAGUAGCAGCUUCAUAUGUACCUCAAGACGUUAAUCCUUUUUGGUCAAUACUCCAGUUUUACUGUGAUGUAAUCUAAUGUCAAAACUCACAAAACAUACGCAACAUAAAAAAGUAAAAAAUGCUAAAAUAAAGCAUUAUUUUUAUUAGAAAGCAAAGAAAACAACAAAUACUUGAUAUAACCAGAAAUGGAACAAUACAUUAAAUCUACACUGACAUGUGCUGGAGACUAGUAUGCUUAGUACAAUAUAAGUAAACCACUAGUGAACAUCAGAAACAUAUAUCAACUUUCAAACCUGACUUCCCUUUUCAUGCGACCUGCGUUGACCGUACUCCGUCUGUGCAAGCACACUAGACUGAACUUUAUGUAGCUUAAUUUAAAACACGUGACCUGUUUUUUAAAUGUUUUGUGUCAGCUAUGCAACGUGAAAAGAGACAUGCUUCUGGAUUGUAAUAAUGGCGUGACAGCAGUGUUCAUGUUAUGGGCCUUAUUGGGUUUUUUCUUUUGCUUGUAAGUAUUUGCUGUUGCUGAAUGAUUGCACUUUGUCGUCCCUUAGCUCGCUCUCCUCGUCUGAGCAGGUCUUAGUUCACCAUCUGUUUGUAAUGCACUUCUUCCAGCAUUAUGUCAGGGUCAUGAUUUAAAGUGCUCUGAGCUCAUACUGGGACGUAAAGGAUGACGAGUUCAGUGCUGACGUUACUCCAUGACGCAUUUAGUGUAACUCUAUUUAUUCUCCUGGUGUUUUUUGCAAUUUCUCAAUGUUUGAUACAGAGAGAACCAGUUUGUUUCUAAAAAUAAUGUACUGUAAUGUUUAAUCAGAAAAGUGUAUUGGACUGUUUAUCAUUACUGAUAAAUAAGAGAAUCAAUUUUGUACAGUCAAUUAUUAUCUUGUUGUUUGAGAGAGCAUUGAUUUGA